CACCUCCUCUUUCCCAACGCCGUCCGUCGCCCCUCUCAUCUCGAAUGCCUUGCCCAUAACUACAGGCUCUCCCGGUGGAAUCUAGUUAUCUACACGAACACCUUUCCUACACUCCAGGAUCGAUCACAAGAUGGAGUCUAUGAAGCUGCCAGUAUUCAAGACCACGCCGGUCGACGACAUUCCUACGAUUGUCUCACGCCUGCGCAAUACGUUCUACUCUCAAAAGACUCGUCCUGCAGAAUUCAGGGUCAAACAACUCCGCAAGUUGUACUGGGCGAUCGAUGAUCACAAAGAAGAGUUGGUGGAGGCAUGUCGCCGCGAUAUGAACAAAGGCUAUUUCGAAGCCAUGGCUGGAGAAGUUAACUGGGUACAAAAUGAUAUCGUUUUCCAGACCCAGAACCUAGAGAAAUGGAUGAAGGAUGAAAAGCCAGCCGACAUUGCUCUCACCAACCGGUUGGUGAGCCCUAGGAUACGCAAGGACCCAUUGGGUGUCGUUCUGGUCAUCGGUGCCUUCAACUUUCCCGUGAACCUAUCCUUUGGACCCAUGGUCGGUGCCAUCUCUGCGGGAAACACUGUGCUCUUGAAGCCAUCUGAGAGCUCUCCCAAUUCUGCUGCUGUUAUGCAAAAGAUCAUGGAAGAAUCUCUCGAUCCGGACUGCUAUGCAUGCGUCCAAGGUGCUAUUCCCGAGACUUCGGCAUUACUGGAGCAGAAAUGGGACAAAAUUUUCUUCACUGGGUCUUCAAGAACUGCUAGAAUCAUUGCCCAGGCAGCGGCGAAGAAUCUCACCCCCAUUGCCUUGGAACUCGGAGGCAAGAAUCCAGCAUUUGUAACUAAGAAGGCAGAUGCACGCUUGGCCGCUCGGAGGUUACUGUGGGCGAAGACUAUGAAUGCAGGCCAGCUCUGCAUCAGCCAGAACUACAUUUUGGUCGACAAAGAUGUCGCCCCAUCUCUCGUUGAGGAGCUCAAGGUUGCUAUGAAGGAAUUCUUCCCAGAUGGUGCCAAAAAGAGCAAAGACUUCUCACGAAUCAUCAACACUGCUGCCUUCAACCGUAUCAAGAAGAUGGUAGACAACACAUCUGGCAAAAUAGUCAUCGGCGGAACUAUGGAUGCCGAAGAACUCUUCAUCGAGCCAACUGUGGUGCUAGUGGAUGAUCCGAAAGACUCUCUCAUUGUAGAGGAGUCCUUCGGGCCUCUCAUUCCUAUACUGCCCGUGGACAACUUGGACCAAGCCCUUCAGAUCGCAAAUGAAACUCAUGCAACGCCGCUAGGUGUCUACGCAUUUGGAUCGAAGGAGGAGACCAAGAAAAUCCUGGAUGGGACUCGCUCGGGAGGUGCCAGCAUCAACGACGGAAUUUUCCAUGGUAUCGUUCCCAACCUUGCUUUUGGCGGUGUAGGUGAUUCUGGUACUGGAGCAUACCGUGGCAAGGCAUCGUUUGACUGCUUUACUCAUCAACGGUCGAUCACCACCACGCCAGGAUGGAUGGAGAAAUUGUUAGCGGUGAGAUACCCGCCCUUCUACGGCACCGACAAGCUGAAGCAAUUCAACAAAAUGGGCUUCCUGACGCCCGACUUUGAUCGAAACGGGGACAAGAAGGUGGGCUGGCUCUGGUGGCUACUUACAUUGGGUACUGCCAGCGCAUCGAAAGGUGCGUCAAGGGCUGCAUUAGUAGCCGGUCUCUAUGUUGCAAUUACCAUGCUGAUGCAGCGUAGGGCAUUGAGGCCUGGUCUGGCAUGAAGACUAAGUAAUUUUCUGUAGUUGAAGUCGAAUUUAGCAAGCGGUGACAAUAAUGAACCUCCUACUCGUACGUAGAUAAUUUC